CAUUACACAUGCCACACACACAGAGGACCGCACACAGACAGCUGCACUUCAUCAUUAUUUUCAUUCGGACUUUCCGAAUGGGAUUGCAAAACUGUGUUUCAAAAUGUCGGCAGAGCUCCCAAAUACUCAGAGUAAGCACUCAUCAAAGAUGAAAAAGACCACAAGGAAAAGGGUUUUUGCAGAAUUUGUGAAAUCGAAAACUUUUGAGCAAAGGGGUUGCAACAAUGUGCAGAUUCCAAGUCAGGCUCCUUAUUGGAAGUGUUGUGACAAAACGUUUACCAUCGCGGCCGAGAUCCAUAAACACGUAGCGCAGUGCCACAGAGAUGCUGUGGAUCAGGCCAUGAACGUUGAACUCCAGAAGGUUAGCCAUAAUUGCAAACACCGCAAAGUUUGCAAUAAGAAUUGUGACAUAACCAUCUCUGCUCAUCCGCCCAACAAAUUGUGGCACUCUGCGUCAACAGGGGAUGAAAGAAUAACAGAGACUCGGUGUGUUUUGUCAGAUGGUGAUGAGGCAAACGUGUACAGUGCUAAACAACAUGCACUUGCCUCUGUGCAAGAUGAAAGUGCCAGAAUUUACUCGGAUUUGACAGACAGUGACAGGACGUUUCCAUGGCUACCAAGUCUCCAAAAAUGUCAAAGUCUAAAUGGAUCCCAGAAAGGGCAGAUCCUGCUGUACUACAAAUACGUUGAGAUCGAGGAUCCUGAUGAGGUUGCUGAUUGGCAGAGGGAAUUGUGUCAGAGGUUACAGCUGACAGGAAAGAUCCGCCUGGCUACUGAAGGACUGAACGGCACAGUUGGAGGCUCACUGGAAGCCACAGAAGUCUACAUUCAGUCUGUCAUGACUCAUCCAAUUUUCAAAGACAUGACGCCACUAGAUUUCAAGAAAAGCAGUGGAGAUUCCAGUCAUUUCCCUAAAGGACUGAAAGUCGGUGUACACAAGGAGAUAGUGCCAAUGGGUGUUGAUCCGAAUGCACUGAGCUACAAACAGGCAGGCAAACAUCUCACACCAUCAGAGUUCCACAAGGAGAUGAAGCAUUCCAUCAAUCCAGAGACAACACCGAGGGACACAAUGAUCUUGGAUUGCCGCAAUUUCUACGAAAGCAAAAUUGGUCAGUUUAAAGGUGCAGUCACUCCCAACAUCAGAAAGUUCAGCUACUGGCCCGAGUACGUGGACAAGAACCUUGACUUGUUUCAGGACAAGAGAGUGAUUAUGUAUUGCACAGGUGGAAUCAGAUGUGAGCGGGGCUCUGCCUAUCUGAAAUCAAAGGGAGUUUGCAAGGAGAUUCUCCAGCUACAGGGUGGAGUCCAUAAGUACCUAGAGGAGUAUCCUAACGGACACUUCAAGGGCAAACUCUUUGUGUUUGAUGAUCGAUACGCCAUCCGUGCUAAUGAUGAAGUUGUUGCAGAUUGUUUCCAUUGUGGGCAAGCCUGGGAUCAGUACCAGCCCUGCUCCAGUAGCCACUGCCACCAGCUAGUCCUGGCGUGCCCUAGCUGCCGAGAGGCAGGCCAGACGACAUGCUGUAGGCUGUGCCGUGACAUCAGCAACCGAGCCUCGUCUGAGGGAGGUAAGGUGAGGGAAGAAUGUCUGUGCACGAGAACAAGAGAGCGCGUUCCUGUCGAGAAGUGAGGUUAUGAUGCGCAAGGCAUUCUGGCAAAAUGAGACAGAACUGUGCAGAGGUCGAAAGGAGGGUUUGCAGGUAUGUAGGUAAGACAUGUAGGUUUGUAGGAAAGAAAAUAACAUUCUCUUUUAUUACAAUACUGUUUAUUGCACUUCCAUUAGACAGUCCUUUGACAACUUAUGGCUGUUUGAUUGCAUUUGUCGACAUUUCAAAAAAGUAAAAAUACUGGGAAAAAGGCCUUUGAAAUUUCAACUGUUUUGUAGUUGUGAAAAGAAGAGAUGCCAAUUGUUUUUUCCUCAACAUAUUUUCCUUAAUAACAAAUCCACAAUUUUUAUACUAUUUCUUUAAAAUAGGCCUAUGUGUAGUAGACAUAUCCAAGAUUUACAAAUAUCACUAGAUCUGAAAGCCGACAUGAACAAUCACCCCCAUUCGUUAUUGUUUUUCAUUUUUCUCCACCACGACCUGUGCUCAGUCUUGUCUGAUUUUGCCAAAAGGCUUAGACGAUCAAAUUUUUUCGGGAAAUGAUUAUGAUUCCAUAAAAGAAAUAAAUAUCAGUCACAGACGUCAUUGAUAUGAUGUUUUAUUACUAUGCACACCAUUUAGCACAUCCAUGGGAGUGCCAAGUAUUUCGCUAUGUAUGCACAAACAUUGCAAGCAAAAGCGACCAUUUAAACACGAUGCACUAGUUAAGUAUGUCUUUCUAAAAAGGGCCAAAUAGUUUGGAAUCAAAACGUUAGUAUGUUUUGACCCAAAUUGUGCAUGUACGGGAUCAAUUAAUGCCGCUAUGGAAAUAUGUCUUUGGAAGGAGGGGUAACCCCUUUCCACCACCAACCCCCCCCCCCCCAUUUCUUUCUUGGUAGUACUUGACGUGCCACUCUCCUUUUGUGCCUCCUUUCAACCUUUUAAAAAUUGAGAAUCGCUUAACCUUGAAAAAGAUUUCUAGAAUGGAAAUGUCAUCCCUUGCAACAUUUACAAUUUUUACAAAUCUAAUUAAACUAGCACAAUAUUUUAUGACAGAAUGCACAGAAACAAUAUUGUUAAACUUAUUAACCAAAUGGACUUUUUUUCCUUUUAAUGCAGUGCUUGAUUGUAAAGCUUGAAAAUUGAAAAAAAUACAUGUACCAUCAAUUGUCUAUAUGUAUUUAAAAAAAUUGGUCAACCCAACAAAAGUGUCUUUUUAAAUGUACAUGUAAUGAUUACAUUUCAAUAAUGAAUUUUGGGAAAUUUGAAUAGAUACUGGAUAAUUUGAAGAAAAACAAUUGUAAAUUUUUUUAUUUAUUUUUAAUAUGAUGUGAAAUAAAGAAUGUUGUUUGUUGACUGA